CGCUCUCAUAACCACCCGAAAAUGGACGCCCCGGAACCUGAUACCCCUUUCGCCGCCGUGACGGCGCAGACGAGCAAAUUUGGAAGGAUAUACCAAGCGUAUCUCGAUAAAUCUACACCUUUCAAGGCAUACCGAUGGGCAGGCACAGCGACUCUCUUCAUAGCCUUCAUCGUCCGCAUAUUAGUUGCACAGGGAUGGUACAUUGUCGCAUACUCUCUCGGUAUCUACCUUCUGAACCUCUUCCUCGCUUUCCUCUCACCCAAAUUCGACCCCUCACUUGAAGCCGAUGAGGGUAUGGAAGACGGCAACGCUGGCGGCCUCCCCACAAAAGAAGAAGAAGAGUUCAAGCCCUUCGUUCGCCGGCUCCCUGAGUUCAAGUUCUGGUACUCGACGACCAAGGCCAUCACCACGGGUUUCGUGUGCAGCUGGUUUGAGAUUUUCAACCUGCCUGUGUUCUGGCCCGUCUUGGUUGUGUAUUGGCUAAUUCUGUUUGGAUUGACGAUGCGUCGACAAAUCCAACACAUGAUCAAGUACCGCUACGUUCCCUUCACGGUCGGCAAGACGCGAUACCCCGGCGUUGCGAAAUAA